UCCAUCACAGCGGGUUUGCCAGGCGUCUCUUGCUCAGUCCUGCUGUUGUCAGCACUGCUGCAGUGAUGCCAGGUGAGAUUCACAUGAAACCACAGGAUUGAUGUGGUUUUUUCUACUUCUGGAACCAUGACAGGGUGCUGCAGGUGAAGUGGGGAUCCAGUCAGUGUCUGACAUAGCCAGUGAUGGGGACAAACAGCCAGAGCAACGCCACGGUGGACACUGAAGAUGACGCCCCAGCUCAGUUUGGCAACGACACUGCAGUGGGCAUUGUCUCUGUGAAAGGCUUAAAGGAGAACUGGCAGAAGUGGUCUGAGCAGCACCAGGAGUACCAGAAGCACAACCCCUUCAGUCACGACGCCAGGCCCAGCGGGGCAGUCCCUCAGAGGGGGCAGGAGGACUACGGGAGGCCCCUGCAGGGCUCCAUGACGGAGCAGCGGGGGAAGGAUGCUCACUUGCGCAUCAGCACAGAGGUUCAGGAGCUGUGUGAGGUGAUCAGGAACAUUGGGGAGCCGAGAGACUGCGAAGGGGAAGGAAGCAGCUGCGAUGGGAAAUCGGUCCGUGUAGAAUUUGGGAAACUGUUUGAGCAUUAUGUGAAUAUCUCAAAUAAACUGGUGGGGAUUCUUCUGCGAGCGAGGAAGCAGGGGCUGGUUGACUUUGAGGGGGAGAUGCUGUGGCAGGGGAAGGAUGACCAUGUGGUUAUCACUCUGUUACAGUGAACUGGAUUAGUGUUGAUGCCUUUAUUCGUGGUGCAUCUCCAAAGAACAUUAGAUGUACAAGUGCAUUUUCUCUAAAUGCUAAAAACAAAAUAAUCUAACCUACUGUUCAGAUGCAUACAAGUUAAUGGACGAACAUAAGUCUUUGACAAUCAGAAAUGUUGUAAAGCAGACAUCUACAAUGCCAAUUAGCAGCAUUUGUGAGCAGUGAAAGAUGUCAGGCCACCAUCAGCAUGUUGACAAUUCCGUUUUCAAAAAGAAUAAUAGUCCUUUAAACCAUUCGCUCCUAUAUCUAAUAGAAGGAUGAAAGUUCAUCCAUCUAUAAUAUAUACCACUUAUCCUUUUGAGGGUCGCGGAGGGAGCUGGAGCCAAUAUCGGCUGCCAUCGAGCAAGAGGCAGGGUAGACCCUGGGCAGGUCACCAGCACA